UGUAAUUCAAAAUAUCACUGUCCUGUUUUAAAAGUUAUGUCAAAAUCACAGUAAAUCCUAAGAAUGUGAAAUGUCGUUAUGGGAUCUAAGGAUGACCAAUUAACAAGCUUAGCUGUUGUUUUGUUGAUUGUUUGGACUGGUGGGUAAGGUGAAAAAUGGUGAUGGACGUCAACACGAACAGCAUGAAUGGGGCCAAGUGGGACAAACUAAAGAAUGGGGCAACGUCCAGGAUGAGAUCAUUCAGAAAUUACACUCCCCAGAAAAAAUGGACCAUUGUCUUGCUAUCAGUCAUGGUCCACAGCUUUACCACACCAUGCGACAUCCAGGAAUCAUCAAAUGUAUGACCCAUUUUCCAUCCAGCAGUGGAGACAUUUUCGCUACCCAUUAUCGUUUUGGCACAAACGAACAGCUAAGUGUUUGGACCAUGGACUCCAACGAGAGGGACGCAUCUGUCACACAACAGAGGUUCGAAAUUCACAGUGAGCUAACCUCUCUGAUGUACGUCAAUAAACACAGGGUGUAUCUUGGCUUUUCAUCUAAACUGGAACUACAUGUAUUCACGGAUGCCAGUAGUCAGUGUCAGGAGAAAGGCUUUGUUUCACUACCGAAUACAGUUCUUUGCAUGGCAUAUAACAGGGAAAUAGAUGAGGUUUACAUUGGAGGAGUUGGCACUCUGGAGAAGUGGAAAGUCACAGGAUCAGAGCAUGCUGCCACAGUGAGUCGUGUAUUGAAAUAUGAAACUGACAUUGGUCCAGAUGAGUGGGUAAUUGAUAUCAAAGUCGACUCCAGCAACACACAGCUGUUGAUUCUGACCUACCACAACAUAUUUGUCAUCAACUAUGAGACAAUGAAACAAACUCACCACUUACAGAAUAGGCAUGAAGGCUCUCUGAAAUGCUGUUCAUUCUACAAACAGAGAGAGUAUUUCAUCACGGGUGGAGGAGAUGGUACAGUAAAGGUGUGGAAUGCUGUAGUAUUUACACAGGUGCAUGCUUUUUAUGGCCACAAUGCUGCAAUUACAGGUUUAACUGUCCAUAAGAAGGACCCCUUACUGUUUUCCUCUUCGUUGGACGGUAGUGUUCAGAUUUGGAGGAUGGACAAUUUCUCUAAAUUGAUGCGUUUUGACGUAGCAGAGAAAAUCUACAGCCUAAAGCUCCUGUCAGAUGAACAGUUCUUUUGCCAGACAGAGAAAGAAAUCAAGGUGUUUGGUUUAAACCAGUUUUACAACCUGUUUGCACCAGUGGAGUCUACAGUGCGGAAACUUUGUCUCUCUCCUGGGAAACGUCGUAACGGAAUGGCCAAUCGUAUCAUAGCUUCUACUGAGGAUGGCUCUGUGCGCCUAUUCUCGCCACUCACUGGUGUGGCCUUGACCUUGAUUUACCCUAUGCCGUCCUUCCAAAUUCUGACAUCUUUUGCAUAUAACAGAGAAAAGGAUAGACUGCAUACUGUUUUAGAAAAUGGAGAAGUGAUUGUGUUUAAUUGUCGUACCAACCCCUGUAAGGCGGUAGAGGUUUGGCAGUCUGGGUUUGCUGAUGAGAGGAUUACCGAGAUUUUACAAGUUGAACUGAGUUAUACAGGCGAGAAUGGUGAGACACUUACAGAUAUCGUGAUAUUUGGAGGUCAGGAGAACGGUCAGCUAUCUCUACUGGAUGCGAAACGUUGUGAGAUGGUGAGAAGUAUCCAGAUACACAAAGGUAUGGUUACGUGUAUGGAGAGUAUCACAGAGAUAGACCCUACAGGAUACCAGUUGUCAGAGACCAGUAAAACUCUUGUUACAGGUGGCAAUGAUAACUUCGUGAAGCUGUGGAGAAUCAAGGUGUCACUCCAUAGAAGGACCGAUUACAUUUCACUAGAACCCAUACUCCAGAUUCCAUGUGGUAACAUUCCCGACCACAUCAGCAUGUACGAAAACACUCUGAGUGUAGCAAUCACCUCAAGUAAAUACCAAGGAAAGCUACUGAUGUAUCGCGUGGAAGGCAGUGAGACUCCUGAGUACACACAGCUGGAACAUGCUGAGGAUGAGGACCAUGAUAAAAAGAUCACAGCCCUGGACAAAUGUCCUCUGUUGGGACUCUUUGCUUCCUGUUCAGAAGAUGGCUACAUCAAGAUUUGGAACCGCCACAACCAGUUGAUCAGAGAAAUGAUAUUUGGUGAACCGCUGUACGGCCUAUGUUUCGCUAAUGUCAGAGGUGACCUCUUGUUUGGCUUCCAGAACCAUGUGUGUUCCAUCCCACUGACAAAUUAUUUUCCCCAGAAUUACCUGGAGAGGAUUGCAUUGCUUGACUUUCUGGAUGACCUGAGGGAAAAUGCCAUAGUUUACAACAAUGUAGUCAAACCUUGGUUUGACCCUCAACAGUUGCCAAGAUACAGUACCACUUUGUCACAGAGAGUCCAGGAACAAACCAAAAAGGACAAGACAACACAACAGUUAGUGGUAAACGACCUUGAGGCUCUGCCUGAAGACACCUCUAAACAAGAGAGUUCUUCUGGGGAGAAUAAGGUCGAAGGUCAAACAGAAGAAAAGGAAAACAAAGAAAAUAUCCAAGAUGGUGAUCCAAUUGAAGAAAAUAUAGACAUUGAUGAAAAAAUAAAUGAAGAUUCAAAUGUUGAGGAUGAUUUAGAUGGAGAUUUUGAAUUUAAUGCAGAAGUUGAAAUAGGAUCACCAUUUGAAAAACCCUCAUCCAGAAUUAACCAAUCACAAAGAAACAUGGUGUCACGCGAUAAAGCUGGGAGUCGCACUGACAGAAAAAGAAUUCACAGUGAGAGGACUAGCCCUAACCUAGAUGAGCUGACACCAUGGGAACGGGAACUGCUGAAGCGCCGCUCCAACAUCAUUCCAAAAGAUGGGUAUAUUCCAAACUCUGUGAUCAGAAAGAACCUAGGCUAUGUCCGGCCGGUCACUCCAACGUUUCGAAAGAAGGAUAUCUGGACACUCAAACCGGUACCCGAGCCUGACCCUCGUCACAUGCCCCCAGGGUGGGGCGGACGUCCUGUGGAGGCUGAUAAUUCUUCCAUGGAUAUUUUUGAGAUUGCCCGUAAAUAUCGUUUGGAAACCAUGGAGUCAGAUUCUCAAGAGGAUGAUGAGGAAGAGGAUGUAGAAGAAGAAAAAGGUGUUCAGCUCAUGCCCUGCAUGCAGAACCGCAAUAAAGUGGCCAAGAAAAAAAGGUCAAAGAGAAAAAGUCAGGGUUACGAGAGUGAUGAAAGUGGUGAUGAACGUGAGGUAUUCUCUCAGCAACGGAGGGUCUCACUUCUCCCACCAGAUAAAGACCCUAAGACGGCGGCACCAUUUACAUGGGCAGAUGAUGAUGAAGCUCGAAGGUCAACCCUGAAUCCAUUCCAGAAGUUGACUGCUAUGAUGAGGGCCUCCUCUACACUGUCCAAUACCUCGUCUAUCAGGGGAGGCUACUCUAAAACCAGCCGACGAUCCACACCAGUCACACCAAGAUAUGAAUUGAAGUCCAAGAAGUUAGAGUUUGGGAGUCGAAAUGACCUAGAAACACCAGACUCCAUGCGAGGAGUCCGGAAACUGACCAAGUCUGGUGGGGCUCAAAGUAGGGAGCGGUCAAAAUCCUUCAAACUGACCAAUAUGGUGGUGGACGAGGAUUCCACUAAUGUCAGGUUUAAGGACCAAUCAGGAAAGCGAGGCAAUAUGCUUGGUAACGGUGACAUGGACAGCAUUCAGAAGCUACUGGAGGAGGACUGGUUCGCCGACAUGAGGGGCACGCCUUCUUUUGACAGUAUCAUGCAGCGUCUGCUCACACUCCUCGAUACAGAUGACCCUGAACUUCACUCCAAGAUCUGUGACUAUAUCCUUGACCUUCACAAGGACCUGGGUAUACCAGAUAUGUACCUGGACAGAAUCAUCCAUAAACUGUCUGCUCAGCUUGGGAACUCCAAGGUGCCUAUCAAAUCUAACAACCUCCGCACCUUAAAACAGAUAGGAGGCAACCGCCCAGACGUCCUGGCCACUCUAUUACCUCGCCUCAUCGACAGCGAGUCGGAUGUACGCGAUGAGACAGCAGCUAUCCUAUCAGAAAUGGUGGGAGUCAAUAACAAGGACGACCUUCUACAGUUGAUGCAGGACAUGGGACUGAAGGGUCAAUACAACAGCAAGGAGGAAGAGGAAGAAGCUCUGAAGGCCUUAGCCAUGAGGCUGGACAUCCCAUAUCGUUCAGAUAGCUUCUCUGACUGGAUUUCAAACUGGGUGGAUGAGUCCUCUUCCCUCUACUAUGAAGAUGCAGACCUCAAGGCAGGAGACAUCAGUAGAAACUGGGAUGGGCGUGCUGUGAGAGUCCUGCCUGAGUCGCUGUGUAUAACUGAAUCAUCCAGUAGAGCCUCCAAUAGACUACGGGAGCUCACCAACAUCUCCGACAAGUCUUACCAAUGGGAGCCUCCUACUCCAGACCGGGGUCGAAGACAGGGAAGUGGAAUGUUUGAUACCAACAGAGAGACACAAGAUGAAAUUCCUCCUUCUGCCAAGUCACGGAAGUCUGAUAUUCGGAACUCUAUGUCUGAUGAGGAAGAAGAAGAAUAUGAUGGGUUCAAUCCAAAAGACCCGGCCAUGUACAAAUAUUAUAAGAAGAGGUACCCUGCCUACAUUCGGCCUGGCAGUGGCAGAAAGUUGUAUGGAGAUGAGCUCGGAGGUGUGCCCAGCAAAAGACUACAGCAGUUCAGUAAGACGGGAGACAAAGAUGGAGGAAUACUGCCGACUGACAGCGGUCACCAUGAUGAUGGUGCAGAUGUGGCUGUCAGCUUGUCAGAGGUUGGAGAAAAGGCAGCAGACGCAACCUUGGAGACAUUGAGCACACAGGAUUCUGGAAUAGGGCGGGAAAUAUCUGAGGUCCUGAGUAACAAGUCUGGGAUGGACAUGGCUGUGAUUAAGAAAGGACAUCAUCGAUCCAAACAAGACUGGCCAAAACAUUCCUUGUCUCCAGUCAAGUCAGCAGGAUCUCUGUGUCAAUCAGGAUUGUCUACUCCAAAGGGUAUGGAGAGUGAUAAAGAAAACUGGCAGCGGUUUUUCAAAACACCCACCGCUCAGGAGCGGAAACGGAUGGAGAUGGUGAAACGGGAUUUUGAUACAGGGAAGGUCAAGCAGAAUAAUGGCCCAGCUGUCAUUCAGUAUAUUGCUUCUGAUCUACCAUUACUACCAGGAGAGGCUGGACUCCGUCUCCUUCACACAGUCAGGGUGGGGAACAAAGGCCCUACCAUUGGCUAUGACGGCCGCCAUCGGGUGGAGCCUAUCCCUGGUAAACUGAUGGUGCAGACUAAAAAUGAGGACACCGGAAAAUCCAAUUUUGGAAUUCUUCAAAUGCAAUGGACAACUGGAGUGCCUGUUGCCACGUCGUUUGAGGACUACCUGCAGCAUCGUCAAAUGGCAUCAGGACAAUCAGAACGGAGCCGAUCGCAGUGUACUAAGUCAUUUGACACCCUGACUGAAAAAUCUUAUGUGUCGGCAGAAUCUCUGCCAAACCUUCAAAGUGUUAAGCAACACUCAAGGAAAAAGAAGAAACAGGUGAAGAAGGAGACCCAGUUUACGUUACCCCGUUUGUACUCGAGGACGACGGCCCAUAGUCAGGAUUACCAAUGGGAACGACCACUACCCCCUCCACCUGCCCACAAAUCUACAUCUCAAUCCUCAGAUGUCCGGAAACAACACGAAAACUACUGUAAAUACUACGACCUCACCAAGAAAAAGAUGCAGCAGUAUACCUCGUCCAAAACAAAAGACUUGUCGCUACCAGAGGUUGUCAUCCGAAAUGCUCUCGGCGCUUCACCCAAGUUGCGGAAAUCCUUGACAAAGUUAAGUAGAGGUCACAGUGUCCUUCUUCCUCCCAUCACACUGAACCAACUCAUCCACGUAUCAACGACAUAAAGUUGAAUUGAACUCUUUGUGUCCUUUUGCCUCCAAUUACAUGGACUAGUUGAUCAACAUAUCAAUUGCAUGAAAAGAAUCAGUUUUCAUGCUGGUCACAUCAGAAGACUGAAUCGUCUGGGAUUAAUCGUCUACCCUGGUGAUGUGUCAAUCUGCACUGCAUGAAUAACAGUGAUCUGUAGAUCUUGUCAAUCAACUCCAUAUCGGAAAUUCUGUUUUGUUAGCGUCUAAAUUAAGCUACACUAAACUACAGCCAUUUAAGUAGUGUAUAUCAACUUAUCUGGAUACCACAUAUAUUAAGAAACCAGGAAGUUAAUGUUAAUUACUUAAUAUUUCCAGGUCCCAGGAACUUAUUGUAUCAAGGUAGUUUGAAAAUGCAUUCUGUAGAUCCUUAAUAUGUCCAUGUCUCGGUAACCUAAUGGAUGAAAGUCAUUUUGAAAAUGCAUCAUGUAGGGCCUUAAGCUUACGACUGCAUGCAUGCAUCAGAAUAGUAAGCAUUAUUGGUCAAAAAAGUUUCUGUAUGACAAAGGGCAGCAUGCAAAAACAGAGCAAAAAUGAGUUGAAAACUUGAUUCAUCAGAUUGAUUGGAAAGCACUCGAAGGCUUAAUCAGAUACCACUGAAUUAAAUUGACUUCAAAAGUCUGGUGGUAGAGUGUAGCACAAAAGAUGUUUAAAAUUUAUGUUUUAUUUUUACUAAAAGGAAAGUUAUUCUAUAGUAUGUGUCUCAGCUGUAAGAUCAGAUGAUGUUUAAAACAGUUAUCAGUUUAUAACCAUUCCUUUAUGGAUUUAUUUGAAAGAAUGAGAGAAAACAAAUGUCUUGAAUGCAGGAAUAAUGCUGGCCGUUUUUUGCCUUGUGAUAUUUUGGUGUCGCUUGAAAUUAUAUCGCAAGUUUUCCACUCUAUGGUACAGUGUGUUUGGGAUUAGGAUAUUAAGACUAGUAUUAAAGGUAUUAUUAGUUAACAGAUAGCUGUUACUUGUUUGUAUUAAAACUUAAUAUUUUCAUGUCCAUUGAUUUAAUGAAAGUUGUGCUGAAUUAAAAUUUAUAAAAUCAAAUAUUUUAUAUUAUCAAUUUCCUUACUCAUAUGGUGCAAUAUGACAUACACCAGAUGUGUAUGUUAUAGUUCGUACUAUUAAUGAAUAUCAAGAACAUCACUAACUAUUGCUGCUAGGUAUAUGUUAUUAAGAUAAAAAUUGAUUGUAAAUCCAUAACUAUGUUCCAUUAUUUUGGCAGAGAAUGAUGUCUUUCAGUGAAUUUUGUGAUGUAUUAAUAUUAUGUGCUGAUUAAUAGAUUAUUUGAAAUUUUGAUUGAAGAUAAUAGAUUAUAUGAAAUUUUGUUUUAAUUAAGAUAAUGUUAGCUAUUGUCAAUUUGAAGCACCUGCCCCAAUGUUAAAGGGGUAAAGUGAAUUGAUUUUAUCCUUGUCUGUUUGUGAAAAGUUGUCCAGUCGACGCCUAAAGUAGUUAAAAUAAGCUUAGCACACACGAUAUAUGUACGUAGUUGAACUAGCUCUAUUUUCUUGGCCCUUUCUGUUAUCUAUUUUAUAGAAGUAUAUAGACAUUUCCUGUUAUAAUGGUAUAUAAUGUUUAUUAUGUUAUACCGUGUCACACGUAACACGUGUCACAUUGCCAAAUGCAAUCAUGCUUCAAUAGUUUUCUAUUUUGGGGACGGGGUAUACUUUCUGACUUUUUUUAGAAGUCUCAACUUUUGGCAUAAAUCUGCAGUAAUUUAAAACUGUAUUUAUUUUUUAACUUGUCAGUAAGUAACAUUACGAUACGAAAGCAAAUUAUUUUAUUA